GCUGCGCGCUCAGCCUUCGGAUUUUGCGCGCCUGACGGUUUCCGAUUCCGGCGCGUUCCGAUGUUGGGUUUCAAGCUGAAUUUCUCAUCGGGUCGACGCGUGCGGAUGACAUCGAAGCGACUGAAACGCAACACAGACGCGCAACACGACAGAAGCGAAGCUUCCGUCGGCGCCGAUAAACGCGGUUGGAAGUCGCUGACACGCGGGCGCUAACGACUAGCGACGCGUCUGGAGCCGGAAAAUGUUUGGAAGUCGCCCGCCAAGCGAGGCGCUUCGAGCGCGUCGGCGCGCACGUUACCGUGGAAACCUGGCAUCGUUGCGAGCGUUUGCGACGGAGAACGUCGACGCAAUUUCUGUCCGUUCUUGCGUAAUUCUCGCAGACACGAUGUGACUCGCUCGAUACUGACUCGAGACUGUCGGCGACGCUUGCGGUUGGGUUAAUAGUUCCUGCUUUGGUUAAGUCAGAAGAACGUGAAUCAGAAGCACCUGAUGUCCAAUCAACCUCUCGUCCCAGAAGCUCUUGGAGAACCGAGCGGUGACCGAGAACCUUUUCACGGGCAACGCCAACACGAGACCAAACGGCGGCGCUACAGCGCCCGUCUCCGAGCGACCAUUUGACGCCUCAAACACUUUUCCAGAACAUCCUUCUCGGAUAAGAGAAAACGGCGCUCGUCAGGUCGAGGAGCGCUUUCGUGAGGAGACUUGACGUUGAGAAGUUUGAGAAAUCCAAAUUCAAGCUCAGAUGGCACAGAAAUAUUUCCAUAAGCUCGCGUCCGCUUGUGCGGGAACCGAUGAAUUCCGUCUUGUUCAUCUGGAGACGACCAAUUAGCUUGAUGUGUCACUGAGCAGUAUUUAUAUUUUUGUAAGUUUGGGUCGGCCGCACACUAAUAAUAAUAAUCAUCAUCAUAUCAAACACAAUUUGCGUCGUGCGUUUCUUAAUACUCAAACAUUCUCGCAGAUGAAUGUCUUGCGACGUCCGUCCGUCCACUUUCCGCACCCCGGCGGGCGCGCUGGCGCCGUCUUCGGACGAGAGGCGGGCGGGGUACGCCUUGAACCGGUCCCCAGCCGAUCGCAGGGCACACAUAAACAAACAACCGUUGGCACGCGGGUUCACACCUACGGGCGAGUGAGAGCUUUCAGUGAGGCGAGCACGCGUGUUUUGGGGAUGUGGGAGGAAACCAGAGUACCCGGAGAAAAGCCACGCGGGCACGGGGAGAACACGCAAACCCCACACAGGCGAGGCCGGAUUUGAACCCGCAACCUCAAAACGGUGAGGCGCAGGUGCUAACCGGUCAUCCACGGUGCCGCCGCGGUGUGUGAAAUAAUUUUUGAUUUUUUAAAAUCCAGAAAUGUUUUCAUUUGUACUCUAGUAGAGAGCCCAAAUAUGCACACGAGAAGAAGAAGAAGAAGAAGAAGAAGAAGAAGAAGAAGAAGAAGUCUUGUCUGAGCCGGGGCGUCAUGUCAAGACUGGCCAGCUGGCGGCGAUCAAGGUCAUGGAUGUCACGGGAGAUGAGGAGGAGGAGAUUAAAGCGGAGAUCAACAUGCUGAAGAAGUACAGCCACCACCGGAACAUCGCCACCUACUACGGCGCCUUCAUCAAGAAGAAUCCUCCGGGCGUGGACGACCAGCUGUGGCUGGUGAUGGAGUUCUGCGGCGCCGGCUCGGUGACGGAUCUCAUCAAGAACACCAAAGGCAACUCUCUGAAGGAGGAGUGGAUCGCUUACGUGUGCCGGGAGAUCCUCAGGGGUCUCACUCACCUCCACCAGCACAAGGUCAUCCACCGCGACAUCAAAGGUCAAAACGUGCUUCUGACGGAGAACGCCGAAGUCAAGCUAGUGGACUUCGGUGUGAGCGCCCAGCUGGACCGCACGGUGGGCCGCCGGAACACCUUCAUCGGGACGCCAUACUGGAUGGCGCCGGAGGUGAUCGCCUGCGACGAGAACCCGGACGCCACGUACGACUUCAAGAGCGAUCUGUGGUCGCUGGGCAUCACGGCCAUCGAGAUGGCCGAGGGAGCGCCGCCGCUGUGCGACAUGCAUCCCAUGAGAGCGCUCUUCCUCAUCCCCAGAAAUCCCGCCCCCCGACUCAAGUCAAAGAAGUGGUCCAAGAAGUUCCAGUCGUUCAUCGAGAGCUGCCUGGUGAAGAGUCACGGCCGGCGGCCGAGCACGGAGCAGCUGCUCAAGCAUCCCUUCAUCCGCGAGCUCGCCAACGAGCGGCAGGUGCGCAUCCAGCUCAAGGACCACAUCGACCGCACCAAGAAGAGGCGCGGGGAGAGGGACGAGACGGAGUACGAGUACAGCGGCAGCGAGGAAGAGGAUGAAGAGCGGGACAUCGGGGAGCCCAGCUCCAUCAUCAACAUUCCCGGCGAGUCGACUCUGAGGCGGGACUUCCUGCGCCUGCAGCUGGCCAAUAAGGAGCGCUCGGAGCUGAUUCGCCGCCAGCAGCUGGAGCAGCAGCAGAACGAGGAGCACAAGCGCCAGCUGCUGGCCGAGAGGCAGAAGCGCAUCGAGGAGCAGAAGGAGCAGAGGCGACGCCUGGAGGAGCAACAACGUCACGAGCGCGAGAUGCGCAAGCAGCAGGAGCGCGAGCAGAGGAGGAGGUUCGAGGAGAUGGAGCAGAUUCGCCGCGACGAGGAGAGGCGCCACGCCGAGAGGGAGCAGGAGUUCAUCCGUAGGCAGCUGGAGGAGGAACAGCGGCAGCUGGAGAUCCUGCAGCAGCAGCUCCUGCAGGAGCAGGCCUUACUGCUGGAGUACAAGCGGAAGCAGAUCGAGGAGCAGCGCCAGGCGGAGCGUCUGCAGAGGCAGCUGCAGCAGGAGCGAGCGUACCUGGUGUCUCUGCAGCAGCAGCAGCAGCAGGACCCGCAGCAGCAGCAGCGCCCCCCGCAGGACAAGAAGCAGCUGUACCACUACAAGGACCAGGCGCCCGGCGCCGCCAGCGACAAGCCCGCCUGGGCCAAGGAGGUGAUGCGUCGAGCUCAGAGCAACUCCCCUCGCAUCCCCCCCAAGAAGUACCACUCCUUUAGGCACGUGCGCGACGCCCACCUGGACCCGCUGCUCCUACUUCCUGGUUACAAGCCCCGGCGGCGCCGCCCCCCCUCCUACCCCGCCCACGUCAGCCCCUCCCGGGACCGCCUGCCGCGCAUCCGGAUCACCCGCGUCCCCGAGCCCGGGCGCGACCCUCGAGGCCGGAGUCCCAGCCGCCGGGCGGACGAGCGUUUUGCGGCCAACCGCCAGACUUCUCCUGCGUUGCAGCACAAAGUGUCCAACCGGAUCUCGGACCCGUCGCUGCCCCCCCGAUCCGAGUCCUUCGGCAGCUGCGCCAUCCAGCAGGCGCGGACGCCGCCCACGCACCGCGCCGUCGAGCCGCAGAUGGCACAACCGGUGCAGGUGAAGAGUACGCCGGGCCUGUCGGGCUCUCAGUCUCUGUACGAGCCGCGCGGGGCGUCGUCGUCGUCGUCGUCGUCGUGCGCCCCGUCGCCCUCCCCCUCGCGCCCCCCCGUGCCCCGGCAGAACUCGGACCCCACCUCCGACACCCCUCCCCCCCUGCCUCUGGCACGUCUGGCGCCCCCUCUGGACAUGCUGGAGCGCAGCUCGUGGCUGCGGCAGGACGACGACAUGCCCCCCAAGGUUCCUCAGAGGACCACCUCCAUCUCCCCGGCCUUGGCGAGGAAGAACUCCCCGGGAAACGGGCCGGGACUCGGGCCGCGAGCCGGGGCUCGCCUCAUACGCGCCAGCAACCCUGAUCUGCGGCGGGCUGACAUUUCCACGGAUACGCCCAUGAAGAGGAUGAGCAGCGGAAGCUCGUCCAGCUCCAGCACCCCCAGCUCGCAGGGGGGGUCCAACGAGCGAGCGAAUGCGGCCACCAAGCCCGAAGGCUCCGCGACGGCGUCUGACGAGGCCAAAGACGACAGCAGGGACGCGUCCAGACCCGGUCGGCCUGCGGACCUGACGGCGUUGGCCAAAGAGUUGCGAGAGCUGCGCCAGGGCGAAGAAACCAGCCGCCCGCCCGUCAAGGUCACCGACUACUCUUCGUCCAGCGAGGAGUCGCACAGCAGCGAGGAUGAGGAAGGAGACGGAGAGGGCGGAGCCAACGACGGAACCGUCGCCGUCAGCGACAUCCCGCGAAUCAUGCCUGCCGCCAGCCAAGGUGCCGACGAGUCCCCGGGCAUGACGGGAGGCCACGACGACUCGCACGGCGACGCCUACGGAACCAACUCUAAAGGCGGCACACUGAUGAUGCGCGAGUACGGGAUGGGAGGAGGAGGCGGCGGCGGCUCCAAGGCCUCCUUCACUCCGUUUGUGGAUCCCAGGGUGUACGGGACUUCCCCGACGGACGACGACGACGACGACGACGACGACGUCUCUGCUUCGGCGCUGUUCACCGACGAGCUGCUGAAGCAGGAGCAGGCGCGGCUCAACGAGGCGCGCAAGAUCUCGGUGGUCAACGUCAACCCCACCAACAUCCGACCGCACAGCGACACGCCCGAGAUCCGCAAGUACAAGAAGCGCUUCAACUCCGAGAUCCUGUGCGCCGCUCUCUGGGGGGUGAACCUGCUGGUGGGAACGGAGAACGGGCUGAUGCUGCUGGACCGCAGCGGCCAGGGCAAAGUUUACAACCUGAUCAACCGCAGACGCUUCCAGCAGAUGGACGUCCUGGAAGGUCUCAACGUCCUGGUCACCAUCUCAGGCAAGAAGAACAAGCUGCGCGUUUACUACCUGUCCUGGCUGAGGAACCGAAUACUCCACAACGACCCCGAGGUGGAGAAGAAGCAGGGCUGGAUCACCGUGGGCGACCUGGAGGGAUGCGUGCACUACAAAGUCGUGAAGUACGAGAGGAUCAAGUUCUUGGUGAUCGCCUUGAAGAAUGCCGUGGAGAUCUACGCCUGGGCUCCCAAACCUUACCACAAGUUCAUGGCCUUCAAGUCUUUCGCGGAGCUGCAGCACCGCCCCCUGCUGGUAGACCUGACGGUGGAGGAGGGGCAGAGGUUGAAGGUCAUCUACGGCUCCAACUCCGGCUUCCACGUCGUGGAUGUGGACUCCGGAAACCCCUACGACAUCUACAUACCCUCGCAUAUCCAAGGUCAGGUGACGCCGCACGCCAUCGUGGUGCUGCCCAAGACGGACGGCAUGGAGAUGCUGCUGUGCUACGAGGACGAGGGCGUCUACGUCAACACGUACGGACGCAUCACCAAAGACGUGGUGCUGCAGUGGGGCGAGAUGCCCACCUCCGUCGCCUACAUCCACUCCAACCAGAUCAUGGGCUGGGGCGAGAAGGCCAUCGAGAUCCGCUCGGUGGAGACGGGCCACCUGGACGGCGUCUUCAUGCACAAGCGAGCUCAGCGCUUGAAGUUCUUAUCGGAGAGGAACGACAAGGUUUUCUUUGCGUCGGUGCGCUCGGGAGGCAGCAGCCAAGUGUUCUUCAUGACCCUCAACAGAAGCUCCAUGAUGAACUGGUAACCCGGCCGCGCUAGCAACCCGACCGCCGCGCCCCGGGCGGGGGGGUCGAGGACGGACGAGCUCCGCGGCGCCUUUGUCGCCGACGCUCGCAUCUCCGCGAGGUCGCCCGCGUGACGCCGGGUCGCCCGGGAUCUCGCCGCGCGGCCCGGCCGGCGGCCGCUCACACGGACGGCUCGUAGCGCAUGACUUCUUCUUUGCGGGACCACUUCCGGGAUCUGCUCCAAUCCGGCGACGUCUUUUAAUGCCGCCAGGAAGCGGACUGAACAUUUUUCCUCCCAAACGGGCGCGUCGCUCGCCUGUUGGUUUUCAAAAGAGGUUUUUUUUUUUUCCAAUAGUGGCUCAUAAACGCGAGCACUGUUUAAAAAAUAAAUAAAAAAAUAAAAAAUUAAAAACUGUUGUAGAAAGGGAAAAGAGGAAAAACAACUGGACUGGUUCAAUGAGGAUCAAAUGUCAAAGGAGUUUGGCACAAGCGAUUAUUCGUUAGGAGUCGGCUUGCAAAGGGGAGGAAAACUUGCAGUAAAUUUACAGAUCGUUUCUGGUGAAUGGACAGGAAAUUAGAAACACUUUUUUUGUCAUAAGCAGACAUCCAUGCAAAAAUGCAAAAUAAACAGAUCUUGCCAGUAUUUUAAUUAAAGUGCUGCCUUGAGAUACAAGUUGAAUUUGUUCCAUGACCAUUAAUGGGAACGCAAAAACAAAAAAAAUGUUUUUUUUUUUCGAAUGUUUUUUUCAUAAGACAAAAAUGCAGUCAACAGUUUUGUGCUGUAUAAAAACACGCAGUAGAAACAUUUGCCCUCCGCGUAACCCGCAAAGCGAAAUUGCGAGCAGAGAAACACGACUACCGCUUCCGUGUUCUUCUUCUGUGGGGUCGAACGGCGCAGGUGGCACAUUGGCGCCGCCAACUGGAAUUGUGAGGAAAUCAAUGUCAAUAGAUGGCGGCCGGAUGUUUAGUGCGCCGGCGCCAUCUCGCUGUCGGGUUGUUCUUUUAUGUCAAGACAAAAUUGGUCAGUGACAAAAAACUCGUAAAUUGGGGCACUCGCCACCUUAACUGUACAGGAAGUCCUCCAUUUACGAACGAGUUCCGUUCGUAACACGUUUUUCCGCGUAAGUCGGAUUUCACCGUUACGGUCAGGGGACCGUAGCGGGAAAGGUUAACACUUCGUAUAAAGAAACUAAAAUACGCUCAAAUCCAAAAAUAAGAUGCUGCACUUACCAUUACUGCCGAGAGUGUGAAAAAAAGGAGGGUGAAAAAGGCAAAGAUACUCCCGCCGCACAAACGCAGGCAAGCGCUAUGCGCUAGCUAAGCAGAAACAUUACGGUGCCGGGACAAAACGGCGGCCGAGGCACGGGCGUCGUAAAGUCGAAACGUCGUAGGUCGACUGCGUCGUAACUGGAGGACUUCCUGUCCUUGCUUUAGAUCUUCUUGUUUCAGUCAGGGUUGUGCUCACACAUAUUUCCCACAAAUCCAACUUUGAGUUUGGUCAAUUGCAAUAAAUUCACGUGAAUUCCACGGAAAACGUCUCAUUGUAAAACUUCCCGGAAUGUCGCAACCCUCGCCGUGAGUCGUCAUCGACUUUCGUCCUCGCAGUCGAAUCCCCAUUUGACUUUUUGUCUCCCUUCCUGUCGCUUGUGACCACCCCCAACUUGUUUUCUCUCUUUUUCCUUCAGAGCGUAGCAGACUUCUCCUCCGAGCUUCUUCCCACGAAACCCGCCGCAAAUGUUUCCUGCUCGGCACGCUUUCGCUCUGUCGUCAGCAAUUCUUGUAGCGGGCGCUUAAGAUGGCGUCGCGCGGCCGAAGCGGAUGGCUUGUUGAACGUUGAACGUUUUUUUUUUUUUUUUUUGCCCUCCUUUGCCACGAAGAAAAGGGAGGACCGCUGCCGAGCGAGUUGCCGCGCCCGUGUCAAUCCGCCCGCCGUUUCGGACGCCCGCGCCAGCCCGCGCAUCCGCACGACAUUUUCCAUCUGGCGAGGUGUGUCGGGAGUCGCUCCGUAGCCACUUUUCCGUGGUUCUCAACUGCUGGGUCGGGACCCAAAAGCGGGUCACGGUCGGGUCGCGGACAGACGGGUGGUUGGAAACGACGCCUUCUUCUCAGUUAAGGGCAGCAGCGACAUGACAUUUCGAGGUGACAAACGGCGUAAGAAUGCGUCCACGCGGUGAAAAAGGUUUGGGCAUUUAUUCCAAAGGUCCAUGUACUAGUACACUCUGUCCUCACUACCAGAAGACAACUUUGGCAUACUAGUAGAACAACUACACAUCAGGAGUGAGACAGAACUGCACCAGUUUACAAGAGUACUAUUAGUGACAUGGUAAAACUGUGCGAGUUAACACGUAACAGUUGACUAGAAGCGCUCGUAGCGUGCAGAUGUCCACCGUGAGGCACUUUUGCGUUGCACCUUGAGUACUUGGACCCUUCCAGACCAACGGAAUGUCAAUUCAAUUCCAGCGAAAAAGUAGACCCUGUCGCGACGCGCAAUCGUCGAUCGUCAAGAAAUAACGAGACCUCCUAACUCCCUGUAAAAACAGAUAUUUGAGGACGGAAGAUGUCACACUUCCUCGCUGCUUCGGCAUUUCUUCGCAAGAUACUUGACAUCCCCGCAGGGGGUCGCAUAUUCAGCAUCCAAACGCCGACGUCAUGACGCAUGUGAGGCCGCACGUAUCGCGCGAAGCAAUGGUGGAAAACGAAACUUUACUAGUAAGACUGGAAGAAGUCAGUUUUACUAGUGUGCUGAAUCGUCUCGCUAGUGAGGACGAAGACGGUACUAGUAAGCUGGAAAUCAAGGAUCAGGACGAAAUGCCGGGCAGGACUUUCCAGUCAAAAUGUAGCUGUGAACAUUGUAACAAUGGAAUUAGUCACGCACAUGAAUUUGUGUAUUUUGCUUGCGAGGAGGUGGAGCGCUCUCUUGCCCGAACACAAACCGGAUGCGUUUUUACGAGCGUUGACUUGAUAUUCUCUUUUUCCGAGCCAACGUGGGCCAACUGCAGCCUUUUACUUUACGUGGAGGACGUCCACCUUAGUGGACACUGUGUGCUCGCUCUAUACUAUCUAUCUCUCUCUCUCUAUAUAUAUAUAUAUAUAUAUAUAUAUAUAUAGAGAGAGACACUGUAUGUAUAUCUUACUCUUGGGUUGUAGAGAAAGACAGAAAAUAAUGUGGAUUAAAGCUUAGGUGUCUUUCUACAGAUGAGAAAACAUAGCUAUAAGACUUUCUUAACAACAACAACAAAUCGACACUGUUUUUAUUGUGAUCUUUGUAUUUCCAUUUUUGUACGCUGUCCGAGUGCGCGUGCGCAGAUGAGCGACGUGCACGUGAGCGUGUUUUCACCUCAUCUGGUUCACGGCAAUCAAACGACGACCUCAAUCUAAGGACACGCAUCUGUAAUGUUGGAAUUCGACAAUAAACGUCCUCUUGUUGGACACCAA